GAAGGCUAUUGUCACUUGGGUUCGUGACUUCAAGGAAGCUGGUUGCUUGACUUCAAGUAUACAACACGCAAGAGGAAGCUCCCAUCUGCAGAAGAAGGGGCAUCUCUCCCUCUCAUCGGAACUGGAAAGCAGAAACCGUCCAAGGUUUGCUUCUCAGAAUAUAAUUUGGAUCUUCCCUUGUCACUGAGCACUGACUGUGUGGUUGACGUGGUUUACAGUCUAUCAUCAGGAUUAGCGGGAAUACAUAAAGAUGGAUGCUGCAAUAGCUGGGGGUGCCACUUCUCUAGCUUUAGAAGCUGGAAAAAGUGUUUUUCAGUAUAUUAUUCACCAAUUUGGUCAUGUCAAAAACAUUGACAAGAAUUUCCGCAAAUUUGAAGACAAAGCAUGUGACCUUUUUAAUAGGAGAGAUGAUGUAAAGAAUGAUAUCAGUACAAAUGCAGUUCAAAAGACUCCUACAAAAGAAUGUGAAGCCUGGCUUAAGAAAGUGGAGGAUGUUGAAAAGCAAGUUACCAUUCUAAAGAUAAGAUAUGAUAAGGCCCGUAAAUGUCUAUGUGGAUGGUGUCCAUUUUGGUCGCUCUUCAAACUCAGCAAAGAUCUUGAAGAUAUGGCAAACAUUCUUUAUGAUCUAAAAAUUGAAGGCAUCCUUGGAAAUGGCGUACUGACUGAGAGAGAAAGGAGAACAGUUGAGAAGAAGCAUGUGCAAAGUGUACAAGAUAUACCAUCACAUGAUGGGGUCCUUCAGGAGAUAUUGAAAUACCUAAGAGAUGAAAGCAUAAAAAGAAUUGGAAUUUGGGGAAUGCCAGGAGUUGGAAAAACUACAAUAAUGAAAAACUUGAAUGAUGCUGGAGACCUAAACAAAAUGUUUGACAUUGUUAUUUGGGUGACCGUAUCAAAAGAGUCAGGUGUAAGAGAAUUUCAAUUGCAAAAGGAAGUUGUGCAACGGUUAAAAUUACAUGUGGAAGGCAGCAUUGAUCAAGUUGCAACAAUUAUUUCUGAAGAAUUGCAGGCCAAGAAGUAUUUGUUGCUUCUUGAUGAGGUCACUUCAGUGGUAAAUUUACAUGAUAUAGGCAUCCGGAAAAACCAUAGUGGUGGCAAGGUGGUAUUGGCAACUAGAAACAAAAAUGUUUGUCAUAAAAUGGAAACCGAUGAAGAAAUUAAGGUACAGAGGUUGUCUAAGGAUGAUGCAUGGAAGAUGUUUAGGGAAAAAGUGGGUAGUGAAAUUGUUGAUCAUCCAGACAUGGAACCAUUGGCUAAAUUGUUGGUUAAGGAGUGUGGUGGACUACCGCAGAUGAUUUCGGUUGUAGCAGUUAUCUUGAGGAAAAAUAACAAUCAAGAUUUAUGGAGGCAUACAUUAAGGCAGUUGCAAUGUCCAAGUUUCUCUAAGAUGGAGCAUUGGGAAGAGGUACUCAAGACCUUCAAACUUGGUUAUGAACAGUUAAGUGAUGAUGAUAGAAGGAAUUGCCUUCUAUAUGAAGCACUGUAUCCUGAAGACCAUGAUAUUGACACAAGUUAUUUGAUGGAGUGUUGGAACAACGAAGGCUUUAUUAGUCGUGCAGGUAAUUUGAGGGAGGCACGUGAGAAUGGAACAGCUAUACUAAAGGAUCUCCUAGAUGGAUGUUUACUAGAGAGAAGCGACAAAGUAGAAUGUGUUAAGAUGCCCAUGCUAUUCAGAGGUCCAGCACUAAGAAUCACAUCCCUUAAUAGAGAAGGUGCUAGGUUAUUAGUAAAAGCAGGUAUAAGAGAGCCUCCAACAGAGGAAGAAUGGAAACAUGCAAAAAGGAUUUCCUUGAUGUCUACUCAAUUAUGCACUCUACCAGAAAGACCAGAUUGUUGUAUGAUUUCAACAUUAUUCUUGCGAAGUAAUUCUGAUCUAAACACAAUCCCUGAAUCAUUUUUUGGUUAUAUGUGUAGCCUUAGAGUUUUAGACCUAAGUGAAACUAAAAUCAAGUCACUACCAUCGUCUGUAUCCAGUUUGAUAAACCUCAGAGGGCUAUACUUAUAUUGUUGUAGACAAUUGGUGGAACUUCCAAUCCAAUUAAUAGAACUCAAAAGUCUUGAGGUCCUUGAUAUUGACCAAACUGGAAUUAGUGACAUGCCCAUUGAAAUUGGCGAAUUAACUGGCCUCAAGUGUUUCCGAGCAUCCUUCACUAGUAUUGCCAAUCACAAUCAUACAAAUGGGAACUCGAACAGGGUGAUGAUUCCUCAAAAUGUAUUCUCAAAGCUUUCUUUGUUGGAAGAAUUGAAAAUCAAUGUGGAUCCUCAUAUAGUAAAUGUUGUUGCAAAGGAAGUGGCCAAUUUGAAGCAAUUAAGUACCCUCUUUUUCUCCUUUCCAAGAACGGAGGGUCUUGAGAUUUUCAUUCAAAAUAGCACAUCAUGGGAGAAUAAUAAUUUCAGAUCAUUCAAAUUUCAUGUGGGUCCUUACAAUGACAAGCAUGACAGUAGCACAGAAUAUCCAAUGGAGCGGCGUUUGAUAUUUUCAGCUGGAGAAGAAACUCCUCCUGCAGUUUCGGAGGUUCUUAGUCAAGCCUAUGCAUUUGAACUAGUUAGUCAUAAAAGUAUUCAUAAAUUAUCAGAUUUUGGCAUAGGGAGAUUGAACAGGUUGAAAAUGUGUCUCAUUAAGGAAUGCAACAAUAUGGAAAGCUUGAUUGGUGACAAUGCAGGCAAAGAUAGUGCACUUCCUUUCCUGGAGAAAUUAUACUUGAUUAACCUCCCAAAAUUGGAGAAAAUUUUCGAAGGUUCUAUGCAAUCAAAAACUCUUACAAGGUUGACAACUUUGGUACUAAAUGAAUGUCCAAGGUUAAAGAAGAUCUUCUCGGGAAACAUGAUUUCAAAACUCUCUGAGUUGCAAAAUUUGAGAAUAGAGAAUUGUUCUGUGAUUGAAGAGAUUAUUGUUGAAGCAGAGAACCAAAUACUAGAGUCCAAUGCACUACUUCCAAAGUUGAAGAAUUUACAACUUUUUGAUCUACCCAAGUUGACUAGAAUUUGUCAAGAUAUUACAUUGGAUUGGCCAUCUCUAGAAAGAAUUGAGAUCAAAAGGUGCAUGCAAUUGAAGAAUUUACCCUUGAGUGGUGACAAUGCAUCUAAGCUAAAGCUGAUUGAAGGGAGUGAAGAUUGGUGGAAAACAUUGAUGUGGCAAGAUGAUAGUAUAAAAGAACAACUACGACCUUUUUGUCACUUCAUUUGAGAGGUAAGGAACUUGUAAUAGCUGAAGUUGUUUAAGGGGAUUCCUAAUAAAACUCAUGAAUCUGCGUGUUUUUUUUUUUUUGGUGCAUUUGUGCAUUUCAUGGACUUGGUAAUUGUAAUCAAUUUUAAUAUUUGUCACUCGUGUUUCACAGUCUUUGAGCUUGCUCUAAAUAAAGGCAUAAAGGUCUAAUGUCUAUA